AUGACAGAGGAUUCUGAGGGGCAAGAACUGCAGAUUGAAGAAGCAUCCAGAAGCCCUGGUAUCCCAGCCUUGUUUCAGAGUCUUACUGGUGUGCACUGGGGGUAUGAAGAAACUAAAAUUUUCCUGGGAAUUCUAGGUGAGCCAUAUUCAGAGAAACUCCACACUUGCCAUCGGAACCGCCAGGUGUACCGGAUUGUGGCUGAGCAGCUGCAGGAACGUGGCUUCCUGCGGACACUGGAACAGUGUCACCAUGGGUUCAAAAACCUGCAGACCAACUACCGCAAAGCCAGGAGCACCCAGACGCUGGGCACCUGUGCCUUCUAUGACGAGAUGGAUGCCCUAAUGAGUCCCUGGGCCCUUGCUAACACCUUUGAUGCCUUAGAGGUGGCAGGAGGCCUUCUUCAGAAUAGAGAAGACUCCAAAGAAAACCUGGACUCAGUGCCGGAAGGUGUGACAAGGGAUGAUAAGGAAAUGGCAGACGAGCCACAAGAGGAGCCCAGGAGUCUUGGUCCCCAGGCUGAGGGGGAAUCCUGA